CGGUCAAAGAUAACAGUGGGAGGUUUCUUCUGCAUGUGAAAAAAAAAAGAGGAUUUUACCUUCUAUAAAAACCAGGGUUGGAGAUGAAGUCCUCUCAUCAUCAGGAUCACUCAGCAAUCAUGAGGUCUCUGGUUUUUGUUCUGCUCAUCGGAGCUGCCUUCGCCCUUGAUGACGACAAGAUCGUCGGAGGGUACGAGUGCACCCCCUACUCCCAGCCCCAUCAGGUGUCUCUGAACGUUGGCUACCACUUCUGCGGCGGCUCUCUGGUCAACAGCGAAUGGGUUGUGUCUGCUGCUCACUGCUACCAGUCCCGAUUGCAGGUGCGUCUGGGAGAGCACCACAUCCGAAUCAACGAGGGAUCUGAGCAGUUCAUCGACUCCUCCCGUGUCAUCCGUCACCCCGGAUACAAUUCCUUCACCAUUGACAAUGACAUC